UUAGUUCUAGCUACAUAGGUCUGAAUGCAGUCUAUUAGGGGUGUAGAAAGAGCUAAAGCUUUGUAAAUAUUUUAAUUGCGCUUUUUUAUAAGAUAAAUAUUUGUCACAACGACAAAACGACUACGUGCUUAUAUUUUUAAUUUUGUUCGAUAACAUCCAAAGAAGUUUACUUGAUGUAUAAUAAAAUCAUAUAUGAAGUAAAAACAAAAUGCAAUAAAGCCAAUGUGAUAUAAAAUAAUUGACCAAUGAUCUCAUCAUUUGUGUGUUUUUGAUUUGUAAAAAUUGUUUUUUAAAAUGUAUAAAAAGAAGUUAUAAACAAAAGUUUUGUAUGGUAGCAUCGACAACAUUAAGCUAUCUACUUAGUAUUCGAUAAUCAUUUUUUGAUAGUUCGAUAAACAAUCGAUAAUAACCUUGAAACAAAAGCGAUUUAAUCUUAUCAAAUUAAUAUACUAAUGACAAUGAGGAACCGAUGAAAACAGAAAAAACUUAACAAGAUUUUUAUCAAAAAAAAAAUCUUUUAUCAAGAGGAAGGUACUAUGUCUGCCCAAAAUUCAUCUCAAGAAAACAUCGAAAAAACCAUGUUUAACUGUACGCAACACGAAACGAUUUUAUUCGAUAACAUACUGAAUUUAUAUGAAAAGAAUGAACACUGUGACACUAUAAUGAACAUCGGAAGGGGAAAAAACUGCGUAAUUAUUCAAGCUCAUCGAAUUGUUCUUUGUUCAUUCAGUCAAUUUUUUAUGAAAGCAUUUAACGGUGAUGGCCAAGACACUGUAAGAGGAAACGUAUUGGAACUAAAAGACAUCGAAUCUUCGAUACUAAAACCAAUAAUCGAUUUCAUGUAUUCGGGUUCAAUAGAAUUGACUCUUGACUCGGUUGAAAGAUAUUUGCGAGCUGCAUGUUUUCUAGAUAUAAAAACUUUAGCUGAAGUUUGUUGUGAAUUUAUUUCGAAAAACCAUAAAUCUCGAUAUGGUUAUCGCUUAUCGAAAGAGUCGGAAUCUCUUUCGAUCGAUCAACCAAGUUGUUCCCAAGUUGUAGAAGACCAAAACUCACUAAAAACGACACCCAUCAAUAAGCUUCAAAUUGUAGAAAUUUCUAAAACAGAUGAAAUUAGAAUUCAAAGCUAUAAUCGGGAAGUUAAGUCUUGGUCAGUAGAAAAAUUGAUUCUUCUAUCGAAAAAGAAGAACAAAUGUUCAACAAUUGUUAUCGAUCAGAAAUUGAUUGUGGUUGGAGGAAUAGACAGUAAUGAAAAAUGUAUAUCAAAUAGUGUUGAAUGUUUAGAUCUUGAUACAUUUAAGUGGAGUGAUUUGUCUCCAAUGAAAUAUAGUCGAUGUUUCCCUAAAUUAGCACAUCUUCAAGGGAAUUUAUGUGUUUUUGGUGGUUCCGAUAAAGAUCAUUUUGAAGCUUCUAUAGAACUAUAUAACUUUGCUACAACUCAGUGGAAUACUGUCAAAUCACCGUUUCAAAUAACACAAAAAAGUGAAAUCGCUGCUCAUAAUGGAAUUUUAUAUAUACUUGAUUUUUAUAGCGGUCAUUUGAACACUUAUGACGUUUUAUCAAACAAAUGGACAUCAAAUACUAUUGAAAAAGAUUUUAUAAGUGAUUUUGGGUUAGUUGCAGUUGAGGGAUUUUUAUACUUAAUUGGAGGAAGUUUGGAAAAAACUUUUAAACGUUACAAUCUUUCCAAUGAUACAUGGAAUGUAUUAGCAGCACUGACACAUGAUUGUUGUGAUAAUAUAAAAACGACAAUUUUUGAAAAUAAUAUUGUGAUUUAUGCAAAAGCUAUCGAUAACAAUGUGAUUGUUGAAUUAUAUAAUUUUGAAACUAAUUCAUGGAGUGCUUUGAAUUCUUUUUCAAUAGAUGGCGCUUUUAAAGUUUCGGCAAUUUAUACUGUUAAUGCUUAAGCCACAAAU